ACUGUAAUGUUUUGGUUCGGCGUGCUUGGUAACCUCAGCAUCGGUCGGCAUGACUCUGCAGAGGUAUGAAUGAAUCGGAUGUGUGAUUUUCGGACGUUGCAAUGGAGGAUGCAAGAGAUGACAGUACGUUUAAGGGGUUUGUUGACAAACUCACUCUCGGUAUUACCCGGGUCUUAGAGAGACUUCCGGGUGUGCUGGACGUACGGUUCGCAGAGAAAGCCCCAGCAGAGAAACGACACCUUCUCUCCUGGGAGCAGAAAAACAAUUGUGCUUUACCUGAGGAUCUGAAAGAUUUCUAUUUAACAACAGAUGGAUUUACACUUACCUGGAGCUCCAAGAUGGAAAAUGAAGUGGUCUCAGUAGGGUGCAUGAUGGUCAACAGUGUUGCUCAGCUUCGCCCUCUGCUGCAGUCGAAUGUUUAUUCCCUACCCAAUGCACCUACUUUAGCUGAUCUCGACUUCGAUAAUAAUGAAGAUGAAUCUGAUAGUCCGGAAAAGCCUCACUUUGAUUUUCGCAGUCGAAUCUUUGAGCUGGAUUCCUGCAAUGGUAAUGGUAAAGUCUGCCUGGUUUACAAAAACUGCACUCAAGGUGUAAUGGCCCAGCAGUGUGAGGUGUGGUUUUUGGACCGUUCUCUUUCCUGGCAUUAUGUUACCUCUUCCUUUACUGCUUACUACAGGCUAAUGAUAACAUAUUUUGGGCUUCCUGAAUGGCAGUAUAAUUUCACUCCGUAUGGCCUUAGUCCACAAGCUAAGCAAUGGGCCGCCCUCUACCAACCCCUGACCUUCCAUACUGACCCUCAUCCAGAUGCAUCCUGCGAUUCUGUACUAAACAAGCUGGACCCGACCAAAGCGUUCCGCGGCAAACCCAAACCACCCACCCCCAAGAAGAAACAGCCGGCACAGGUUUCUGCAUCUAAAGGACAGGCAGUCUCAGGAAGGCACAGCGUGAUUAAACGAUGACUUUG